AUGGAUCCUUCUAUUAUUUUGUUUGUAUUCAUAUUUGUCUCCGUUUGCUUUUGUCUUUUAUUAUUCAUUAGCGCUUUUAGGGUUUUCUUUAAUGGUUCUGAAGGUAAUGAAUACAGCUAUAUUGGAUCAGAUAUAUUAGGAUCGGAUGUUCCUCGUGAAUUUUUAAAUGACGAAGAAGCUUUGAAUCAUUUGGCAUCAGAAUACGAUUUUACACACUUGUCUCCUGAAGAGCAAUUCUCUUACUUGCGAGGUGAGGAAUUUACCAAGACUAACCCACCACACUUCCAUAACACUAGGGGUAAAUCAUACUCAAAUGAGGAUGACAUGUUACUUAAGGAGCGUGGUAUUAAUGCUUUUGAGUUUGAACAAGAUGCAGAUAUAUUACGUGGGCGCUAUAUUGUUGCUGAUAGAACAGAGAUUCAUUUUCAUAAUAACGACACUCCAUAUUCUACUGCAACUUCUAUAUUGAAUUACAGUUUACCAGUUAAGAAUAGAGCGUAUUCCGAUACUAUUUAUUUUGAGGUUAAGGUUUUUGAAUUUCAAAGUGGCGACGAAAAUCCAAAUGGUCACUUUGCUAUCGGAUUAGUGACUAAACCUUACCCCAGUGAAUUUCGUCUACCAGGCUACAAUAACUUUUCCAUUGCUUAUGAAUCAACCGGUAAUUUGAAGGUCAAUAAGCCUUUUCCAACGCCAUUACAACAGCAUCAAGGAGAUAACAGUCAAUAUAAUGCAUUAGUUUUACCUCCUUUACUACAAUCAGAUAUUGUUGGAUUUGGUUAUGUCGUGAGUACAGGAACUAUAUUUAUUACUCGUAAUGGUAAGAAGGUUAUGGAUGUCAUGAGGGGAUGUUUUAUAGAUUUGUAUCCUGCUGUGGGCUGCUUUCUGUCGAAUGCCAAAUUUCAGGUUAAUUUAGGUCAAUUAGGUUUCGUAUGGAUCGAAGCUAACGUUAGAAAAUAUGGAUUUGUUUCAAACAGUGACUAUAAGAAAAUAAAAGGCGAACAAGGUUUGGCUGCUCUUCCCGAGUAUGGUAAUUCGAGUGUUGCCGAAGGUGAUAAACUUCUUGAAAUGGGAGAAGAGCUUCCACCACGGUACCCAGAGGAUGAAUUAGAUUUUUUCGGAAGAUCUUCAAAAGAUAUACUUAAAGUGGGUUCUUCUUCGAAAUCUCACAACCCAGUCAAGUCAGUUUCAAGCAAUGAGAAAGAAGAUGCCGAAGAAAUAACGGGUGAGCCUAAAGUUGGCGAAGGGCACCGUUCAUCGGCAAUUACCAAUGAUCCUGAGGAAGUGAUGGAUUUAAGAGAAAGGUUAUAUGAACAGAACAUUACUGGACCCGAAAGCGAACUUAGCUCGGAAAGAGCACCAUUAAUAGAUAAUGAAAGUCAAUCCGAAUUUUACGUUAACCCAGAAGGUGUGGAAUCUUCAAGAGAAGAACACAAUGAAAGUGGCUUAAAGCAGGUGGCUGACAAAGAGAAUAGUUCUUCGCAAGAGUUAACUAAAGCUGCCCAGAAUGGUUCUAACAUAUCAAAGACAAGCAGAACAAAAAAGAAGAAGAAGAACAAGAAAAAUUCUAAAAAAAAUAAGAAGAAAUAA